CCAUUAGAUGGCGGCAACACUUUACAGGAGAAUGAGUCAGUGAAGCACAAGAGGCUUUUAAAUUGAAAGGAACUUUUGCAAAAGUAAGUUGUUUUAGCGCUGUGGUGUAAUGGAUGUUACGGAAAAGGACAAAUAUAAAGAUCGCUUUCCUCAGCGGACAUUCAAACGGACUUGUAUGGACCAUUUCAACUGCUAUUCGUCGAAGUAAGGAAGUGACGUCUUUGGUCCUCGGAAGUUUCCGGUUAGUUAGCGCGCACAUUCUAAACAUUGGCGGGAGGCGCUUCAGUUCAGUGAUACUGCGACAAUUUACAGAUAAUAAAAUGUCCAAAUUAAAAUUAGGACCGUGUUGUUCGGUGGUUGGAUGCUCUCUCAGGCCGGGAACUAACUUGCUUUCUGAAAUCAAAGCGUUUAGAUUUCCGAAAAACAAAACGCAACGCGACGCCUGGAUUGCAGCAGUUAAAAGAGAAGGCUGGAUACCAACUUGCAACUCUAGGAUAUGUAGCACACAUUUUAUCUCUGGCAAGCCAUCAGAUGACCCUCUAAGUCCAGACUACAUUCCAUCAAAACUUCCUCACAGACCUGACAACUCCAGAAAGAUGGACCGAUAUCAGAGGUCUCUAAGACGAGCAUCGGAGGUCUCCGAGACAAGCAUUAGAGUUCAGCCCACUGAGGAAGUUGAGGACAUGGACAUAGAUGUGACAGAAGUUAAGUCCUACAAUGACAUGUGUGUUGGAACUGAUCUCACUAUGAGGGAUAUAGAAGAAAUGCAGAACCUGAAUUCAUCUUAUAAAGACCAAGUGACAAGCCUACAGUCAAAAGUACAAACACUCACCUGUGAAAGAAAACAACUAAAAUCUGACGUGGAUUUAAAAGAUGAUCAAACCAUUCACUUCUAUACUGGCCUUCGCUCAUCCAAAGUGUUCUUCGCACUUCUGACUUAUCUGACCACUGCUUGGAGUCCGAGAACGCUGAGUCCUCCAACACCUCUCCAGUUUUAUUUGGUCUUGAUGAAACUGAGACUUGGCCUCACGCAUAAAGAUCUUGCCUACAGGUUUCAUUGCAGUUGUGCAACAAUCUCUUCAAUAUUUCAUGACUGGUUAGAUGUAAUGUCACAGCGUUUCAGCUCUCUAGUACAUUGGCCUUCCAGGGAAGAGAUUAAAAAGAGUCUUCCUGGCCUGUUCAAAAGCCCCCCAUUCAGUUCAGUUAGGUGUAUCAUAGACUGCAGCGAAAUUUUUAUUGACCGACCAACAUCACUAAGUGCAAGAGCGGUGACAUACUCCAACUAUAAGUCCCACAACACCAUCAAAUUCCUGUUUGGCAUCAGUCCAACAGGGUCAGUCACUUUUCUUUCUAAGUCUUGGGGUGGGAGAGCCAGUGACAAAACAAUCACCAAAUCAUCUGGGUUAAUUGAUCUUUUGGAAGAGGGAGACAUUGUCAUGGCUGACCGAGGGUUCAGUUUCCCUGAGUAA